CUCAGCUUGCCCACCCUACCGCGUGUCAGGGUUUCGAAACAAACCAUCCUGACGCGACAAGCACACCAAAGCUCAGUCCUCCAGUAUCCACCUUAUCAACACCACCCAUACCCUCGCCGCCUCGAUUUCCAGCUUCAGCUCUUCACCAACAACGUAUCACACAAGCAAGCAAACAUGUCUUUCUCCUCCGUCUUCCGCCGCGCCGCUGUCGCCCCGGCCUCUGCUGCCCGGGCCUUCAGCACCACCACCCCUCGACCUCUGGCCAAAAUCACCAUCAUCGGUAAUCUCGCCGACACCCCCGAGGUUCACUCCACCAGCACUGGUCGCGAGAUCCUCCGCUACGCUGUCGCCAGCAACAGCGGCCCCCGAGACAACCGCAAGACCAGUUGGUUCCGAGUCACUAGCUUCGCCGAGGGCCCUCAGCGCGACUACCUCAUGAACCUUCCUAAAGGUGCCAGCGUCUACGUCGAGGGUGAUGCCUCCUUGAGCAACUACACCGACUCCAACGGCCAGAACCGAAGCAGCUUCAAUAUUGUCCAGCGUAUGAUGUUUACUCCUCCCUAGAUACUAUCCACCACAGCUAACCCUUCUUGAGGCAACCUCGAGGUUCUCCGACGUCCCCAGGCUCCUGAGCAGGGCGAGUAAGAAGCAAAUAUCAAUCGAACUCCUUCUUGAGACAUGGUCGCAAAUAAAUCGCCUGGCCGUAGUCUUCUCCCUACUUGUUCUCCUCUCUCACCAUGACCGGUUUCUUUUAUUGGAUGUUAAUGUAUGGAUGUAAUGUACGAUGAGCGUUGUGCACAACCUUAGGAGGAUCUGUAUGAUACCAUGAUGCAAUAAACUUUGUUGAUCACG